ACUGAUCCAUCACCGUGGAGACUUUUUGUGUAGUUGGUAGCUACACUUUAUACGGCUGCUUUCUGUAUACUAUGGACAUUUAAGAGCUGGGAUAACUUAGCAAAGUUUCGGCUUUUCAAUAUAUUUUACUCUCCGCAGUUUGGUUUAAAACGACCUAAAUCACCGACAACAAGCGUUAUGUUAGCUCAGUUAGCUAGCUGCUUGCUAGUGUUGCACUCCGACAGCUAACGUUAGUACACUCGAACUUAUUGAUGUUAGCAAGCCCAGCAGCUUUCCAACGUUACUGCUUACCUUGUCCUCAUGCAACAUAAUGGAGGAAUAUGACCAGUUUGUGCAACUUUCCCUUUUCAAACUGAUGAAAAAAGACGAGGAUAAGCAGGAACAUCGUAGACAAACAUCUCCAUCCUCUCUCAUCCGCUUCUAUGGACGGCCCAUUCUUCCUCCUCUGUUCUCGGGGAAACAGAGAGAGGAGAUGCAGCGACACAGAGAUGAAGCACAGAAAGCUGCCAUCCACAAGAAGUUUACAGACGAUCCCAGAAUGGCCUAUGUACAAACUAUUCUGCAAAGCAUUCAGCUGAGGAAAACGCCAACACUGGAGGAGCUGCUUCAGGAGUCGGAGAUUAAGACUGAAUCGUCACAUCAGCAUAACACCAGCAGUGGAUCAGUGUCCCACAGCAAUGUUUUUGUUAGAUCUGAGGAAAGUCUUUCACCUACACCUACAGGAAAAUUAAAGACUGGUAUUUCUCUUCCUCCAAUGACUUCCACCACAUACAGUGCCUUUUUUGCUUCAAAUGUGACACCUGAGCAAAGUUACCUGGAAGGAUGCCUUACUAACCAACAUGACAGCCACAAAGUGUCACAGCCAUGUUCCUGCAAUGCUGCAAGCCACCAGUCACUAUCCUCAGGUUAUGUGACCUAUGAGAAUGUUGAAAACACUGCAACUAUCUCUGGAGGGAUUGAGCCUGAGAGCUUCUGUCCCUCUGAGGAAGUUUAUACCGUGGAUGGCUUUUUCCUUCACAGCACUUCAAAUACAAUCGCCAAGAUGCCAGAUAUUAUUAGCCACCCUCCUAUAGAUGGAGAUGAAUUGGAGAGGGGUGGAUUGGAGUCUUUUUGUGGUAACUUAAUGGGAGUAGGAGGCCCUUGUGAUACCUCAUUUCAAGAUGAUUCAGUUAUACUAGACCAUCUACAAGCUGAAAAGUCUCACAACAGUAUGGAGCAAGAGGAGGAGAUUCCUUUUAAUGCAAUACUUGAUUCUGCCAAAGAUAUAAAUGAGGGAUCACUUCCUGUGUCAGAAAAAAGUGACUUUUCAGACAAUCCAGAGUCAUCACAGACUCUCAGCACUCCUCACUGUCCAACAACAGAACUGCAUGUUCAGCAAAACCCUGGUGAACCAGAACCGGUUGACAGUCAGGUCGACGAAAUAGAGACAAAGACAUCUGAGGAGCCUUUUCCUCUCAGCCUGCAGGCCUUAUUGAAGAAAUCUCAGGAGUAUCGACGGCGCCAGCGGAUGGUUAGAAACCAAGCCAAACACGCUAAAAUCCAGGAGAGAAACCAAGAGCAGCCAAGUGCUCGAGCAGAAGAGCAGAGCCUCUCUGAUAAGGAGAAUGAUGAGUUUCUCUACAAGGGUACUGUGACUGCAGUAGGAAAGAAAACUAAAGAGAGAAGAGGCACUUUUGUUCCAUCAGUGGAAACGUCUACACAGAAAUCUGAGAAUGAGGAGAUGAAUGAGAGUGAAGUUAGUUGGAAAAAGACAGAUCUUCAAACUGAAAGUACAUGUGUAGCAGGAGAAGGAAAUGUCAAGGAACUUAUUGUUGAAGAAGAGACUAUUUUAAAAAAUAACAAGCUGAACAGUUUUCAAGAAGUCGUUUUAAAACCUAAACAAAGGAUCAGUCCUUUCAUCCAGCAACAGCCAACAUCAAGAGAAACCUGCCUCGCCCAAGAUGCCUUUUAUGAGACAACUUUAUAUACAAGAGUGGGGAAAUAUCGCACUUUUCCAGCCCCUAACUUCUGUCGGAGUCCUAUUCACUGCAAAAGUAAAGGUUUUAGAGAAGGAGAAGCAGUUGAAAUAGCAGAGACUUCGGAGGGCAAACUCAUCAGCCCUGACGUGACUGAAGACAAGAGUGAAGAAGUUACCCUCAUAAAUCAAAACACGAAAUCAAGUCACAGAUCACUUCCGUCCUCAGUGACUAUCGUGGUUGAUGGGGAUGUUACAAGUGUUUUAGCCAAAAGUUCACAGCACAUAGAUCAGCUUGAGUCAAACCUGUCCAGCCUCAAGAUAUUGAUUUCAGAUCUGGAGUCCACAGUAAAAGAAAACUUGGAUAAUCACUGCCAAACUGACAGCAACAUGCAAAGUGAGUCAAGUUUCAAAAGCAUCAGACAGUCUGAGGAAAUUAAAGCAGAUCAUUCUGCUCAGCUUGGUCCGAAUGACUAUUUAGACUGUUGGGAGGAGAAGCAGGGAGAAGCAGAGUGCAGGGAGUGGUUGAGAAGGCAUUCAUUCAUCAAUUUUGAAAACAUUAAUGCACAUUUAGGACCUGAAUCAAAUAUCAGGAACACAGAAGAUUUUCCUUUCACAGAUCAGGAGAGGGAAGCCGAGAUGGUAAAAUUAAGUGAGAUUAGACUUGACAGAAUCUCAGCUACUCAGAGAGAAAAGGAAAGGGAGGUGCAUAAGGAAGGAUUAACCCAGAGUUUUCUACAAAAUGGAAGCUGUAAAAGGCAGCAGCUACCUGUAAAAAGUAUCCUGUCUGUAGCACAGCAGUUGCGCAUCCCCAACAUAUUCAGAAAUGUUCCAUCUGACAACAGGGUUCCCUGCCACUUAACAGGGCUUUCAGAUACAAGUAACCAUCCUGUGGAGAGACAGAGUAUGAUGACUGUAGAAGGUCAGUCCUCUGUGCUUUUGCCAUCUCUCAAUCAGUCGUAUGAUGUGGACACGCCAUCUGGCCUUUGGCUCCUGGAAGGAAUGGGACCAAGGUCCGAACUGGGCUCACAAAGUCAUCUUGGUCAGGAGAAACAUCUGACUCCAGACAGUGAGGGUGAAGAUCAGACGGGAAAAUUUCGUGUCAAACGGAGACUGAUCAUGCAUAUGACAGAAGAGACCCAGGAAGGAAAUGAUGUCAGCAGAGGAGUCGACCCCAUGGGCAGACCAAGUUCCACCACCCCAAGAGCUACAGCGCAUUGGUACAAGAGCCAUGGCAAUCAAAAGGAAAGGCAAGAGAAGCUAAAACAGACUCAUGCUGCUCAGCUUAGAGCCCUGCAGAAUGAGCACAGGAAACAACAGGAAGAACUACUACAGGCAUUGGCAGUACGUUACAGUCUCCUCCACAACCUGUCCUUCCCUUGCUCCAUGUCAGGCUCUCAUCUAGGGGAGACGUCGACCUUCUCUACCCUCUCUCAGCCCCUCAGCCCACUUUCACAGCACUACCGUCCCCUGCUGUCAGCAGUAGUGAAGGGCUUUCUGACUCGCAGGCUGCUGAGGACUGAAAGAGUCGUUCAGCUGGUGCGCACCAUCAGGGACACUCAGCAGUUCUUGCAGGCCCUCCAGCAACAGAGCACCAUUAAAGGAGAGUUCUGUAGCAGACAAGAUGUCUUUCUCCAGGAGAGGGUCACUCUGCAGCUGCGCGCUGCACGUUAUGAGGUUUACGAUAUCUUCUUCAGCCUGUCAGCCGGAGAGCGAAUGCGGCUGAUCAGCUGGGACAGAGAGCUGGUCAGGGAGAGAGAACUCAGACGACAAAAUGGGCAUACUGACCCUCCCAGAGGAAAGAGUUCUCUGUCAGCUGCAACACAAAAAUCACUGGAGAGGAAGAGAGGAAUGAUGAUUCAGAAAAAGGCAGCACCAGGGAACAGGGGAGUAGUGAUGAGGACUGGACAAAAGUCUGGACUCUCAGCUGAGAAACUACAGGAAAUGAAACGGGGGCAGUUUAGAGCAAAUCCUCAGAGAGUCCCCAAGAGCGCUUGCUUCUCAAGACCCCGAUGACACUUUCCUAAUUGGCCCCAGUGAGGACUCCCAACAGGGCCUCUCGCGGACUAUAUCAAUAGUAUAUAACAGAUCUGAAUGUGACGCAGAUGGAUGCCUGUUGGCAACUAUAACUGCUUGGUUACAGCUCCACUUGUCAGGAGUUACAGAACUGCUCUGGCAAAUUUUUCCUCAGACCUUCGUUUAGUAUUUUUAAUAGUGUUCAGUGUUUUCAUGUGUAAUAUGUUUGUGAGGAAAAAACACUGAAAAAAGUGAAGGGUCACCUUUAGUUUUCUUACUAUGCUAAGACAUAAUAUGUAUAGGAAAACCAUGGCAUUUAAAAACCUGACUAUAGGUAAAAUUAUAGCAUUAUUAGCUGCACCUUUGCUAGAAAAGUUUGACCAUGUUUUAUGUGCCUGCCACCAAAAACAGUCAAUUUAGUGAUGGAUUAGCACAUGUUGUCCUUUUUUGUGAAAUAUUUAAAGUAUUUUACCCUAAACACAUCCAUCCAGCUCCAGCUCCCGUUAACACUUGAAGUGCAUUACUCCUUAGUAUUGCCUUUAAACCUUCUGCUGUUGUGGAAUUGCAUAUCAGCCAAAACAUGUGUAAACCUUUACAUUUUUUUAUUUGUUUUAUUGUUAUUUAUUUGUUUAUUGUUGUUAAUAAAGAUUUCUUCCUGCUAGAA